AAAAGGAGGAUGUGUCCUGUCUGAUUACUCACACAAACACACCCGUACAUGACUGGCUGUGUUUGUGAACGCCAAAGAAAAGGAAAGGACCCUCCAUCUACACAUCGCUGCUGAAGCCUUGAUCUGAAAUUUGUUGUAUUUCAGUGAUAACAUGGAUUUUGAAGAGUUUCGGCGUAGAGGGAAGGAAAUGGUGGACUAUGUGGCCGACUAUCUCGAGAACAUAGAACAGCGACCAGUGUACCCAGAUGUGCAACCAGGGUACCUUCGUACUUUGGUCCCUACUGAAGCUCCAGAAGAGCCGGAGAAAUACGAAGACGUUUUAAAAGAUGUGGAAAGGGUUAUUAUGCCGGGGAUCACUCACUGGCACAGUCCGUACUUCUACGCCUACUUUCCAACAUCUUCCUCAUUCCCUGCCAUGUUGGCUGACAUGUUGUGUACAGGCAUUGGCUGUAUUGGAUUCUCCUGGGCUGCCAGUCCAGCCUGCACAGAGCUGGAGACAGUCAUGUUAGAUUGGCUCGGAAAGAUGCUGAAACUACCGGAGUGUUUUAUUGCUGGUACUCAAGGCUGUGGAGGAGGCGUCAUCCAGGGCACAGCCAGCGAGGCAACGCUGAUGUCGUUACUUGCUGCUCGCUGUAAAGCAAUCAGAAGGGUCCAGUCCGUGAACCCGGAAUUAUCAGAGGCUGAAAUUUUCUCCAAACUGGUGGCGUACACCUCUGAGCAAGCUCAUUCCUCGGUGGAGCGAGCUGGACUGAUUGGAGGUGUGAUGAUGAAAAAAGUCCCAACUGACAACAAAUUUUCUCUCAGAGGGGACAUGCUAAGGAAGAUGAUAGAUGAAGACAAGGCAGCUGGACUCAUUCCUUUCUAUUUAUGUGCCACUCUUGGGACCACUUCAUCCUGUUCUUUUGAUAACCUCCUGGAGCUCGGGCCCAUAUGUAAUGACGAACUUAUGUGGAUGCACAUUGAUGCAGCAUACGCCGGGAGUGCAUUCAUUUGCCCUGAAUUUAGGCCAUUGCUGAAUGGUGUUGAGUUUGCUGACUCUUUCAACUUCAACCCACACAAAUGGCUUUUAGUCAACUUUGACUGCUCUGCAAUGUGGGUGAAGAGGAGAACAGACAUUAUUGGAGCGUUCAAGAUGGAGCCAGUCUACCUGAAGCAUGAUAACCAGGAAUCAGGACUCGUCACAGAUUACAGGCAUUGGCAGAUUCCACUCGGAAGAAGGUUUCGCUCACUGAAGCUGUGGUUUGUCUUCCGCAUGUUUGGACUCAAAGGGUUGCAGGAUCAUAUACGCAAGCAAGUGGCUCUGGCAAAAGAGUUUGAAAGUCUGGUGCGAGCAGACAAGAGGUUUGAGAUCUGUUCUGAGGUUGUACUGGGACUGGUCUGUUUCAGGCUCAGGGGCUCCAAUGAGCUAAACGAGGCCUUGCUGAAGAGGAUCACCAGUAGCAGAGAGAUCCACCUGGUGCCUUGCCAGCUCGCCGGCACCUUCGUCCUUCGCUUCGCGGUCUGUUCUCGCGCUACUGAGUCCCACCACAUCCAACAAGCCUGGAAACACAUCACACAGUUAACCUUUGAGCUCCUGCAGGAACGUGUAAACUGACCCACAGGCUCAUCCCAGCCUCUGUUUUCCACACAAAUUACUGAAUUAUGACCAAAGUUAGAACAAAAAUCAUUGUUGCAGAUAUUGAAAUGCCAUAAAGGGAAUGAAAAAAAAUGAUUAAUAGCAUACUUGCGAGCUUACUUAUCUGCAACUUAAUUUCACAUCAUUUACUCCAAAACUAUGAUUUAAAGCUUAAAUUUUUUUUUUUUAAGUUCUGCAAUUAAUGUGCUGCAGAUUGUGUGUGUCUGUGCAAAUUUUCGUGGCUGCACAUGCUAUAAAACAGUUUUUGUGUGUUUGUUUAUCGUACACAAAAGUCAAGGCUUCCAAAUGUCAAAUCUUUUACAUCACUGCUUUGUUUUUUUUUUUGUUUUUUUACCUUAUGUAGAGAUAACAAUGACAUAGCUUCCAGUGAGUGAAGGUAAAUCCCUAAAAAAGUGCAUUAUUUAUUUAUGACCUUAUUACCAACAGAAUCCAGAUUUAAUAUAUUAUGAUUAAUAUUCUAGGCACUAGCUUCUCAUUGAUUUUCUUUUACAGAGUUUCUGUCUCUAUAAUAUAGUGUCUUAUACACAGUGGGAAAGUAUUUUCAGAAAGUCCAAACCAUCAUUUUCUGAUUGUAAAUCAGAAAGAUGAGAAUUAGUUUGUUAGUUUUUUUUUUUUUUUUUCUUUCUUCGUUUUUGGGUGCUUGUAAGGUAAUUUUUUUUAAGCAUUGCAUCAUGUAGCUAAAUAUCCUUCAAUUGCUCCAGUUUAGUCUCAUAAUAUACAGUAUUUUUAACUCUUGACCCCAUGAUCUCAGAUCCAGGACCAAGCACUGCCUCUCCAGGUCCACACAUGUUGUCUUUAAACUGUGGAGAUUGUUGUCUGUCAGGAAGACGUGUAAACCAUGGGUGUAAUGUCACCACAUCUUGUUGUUAAAUGUCAAAGUUGACUGCUGUAACUGACCAUGCUGUUUUGUUUUGUUUUUUUAAUCAUUUGUUUGUUUUUUAUUUCUUUUUGGCUUGGCUGUGUGCUGCAUGCAGAUGGUGUGGCGUCAUUUUAAUAAAGUCUGUAGUCGGCAAAGCA